AUGAUGGUGUCCUGUCUCCUGAUACACUACCUACAUGUUACGCUACUCUAGGACCAUUCAGUACUGACAACUUCAAAACUGACGAAGAGACAACUACUGCUCCACAACCCGACCCCACCACCUUCACCCCUGCAGCUACUCUUGGACCAUUCAGUACUGACAACUUCAAAACUGACAAAGAGACAUCUAUUGGUCCACAACCCGACCCCACCACCUUCACCCCUGCAGGAGCCAGCGUAUCUUGUGGGAGCACGACCAUGACGGUUCUCCUCGACCGAGCCCUGCUCGAGAAUAACGGUGAUGCCACUGACGUCCACUACGAAGACCAGAGUUGUGUCGGGUACGACUACACCGGAAGUCGCAUAGCCGUAACCACCAGAUAUGACGACUGUGAUACUGUGUCGGAGCAAACUGCUGAUGUCAUCAAGUACUCCAACGUCGUGACGUACUUCAAACCGACGGGUGAAAACGGAUCGCUGAUCACGCGUGAUUUCCGCCUCAAGAUCCCCGUCACUUGCGAGAUCAAACGCCGCAGUCUACUCGGUAGCUCCUUCAAGCCCAAACUCGGCAUCGUGAGCUUCAGCGAGACUGGUUACGGUAACUUCUCGCUCACCCUCGACCGCUACUCCGACAUCUCCUUCACCUCGCCGGCACCCGACCCAGACUCGCUGGUGUAUCUCGGGGAGACGCUGUUCUUCGGGGUGACCCUAGACGCGGUUUCUGACCUGACGUUGUUUCUUGACCGCUGCUGGGCAACGCCCGAUGUCUACCCUAUGAACCCGAUCGAAUUUACGUUCGUAAAAGAUGGAUGCGGGCUGGAUCCUACCGUAGGCUUUCAUGAUAUACAGCGUUUAAUUAAGGGAUUCUCUAUCGAUGCUUUUGCUUUCAUUGGCGAAUAUUCAGAGGUAUACCUUCAUUGUGACGUGCUUGUGUGUGAUACCGACCCCGCAUCCCGCUGCUCACAGGGUUGUGUAACCAGGGCCAAACGUAGCGCAGCCGGGCAGCCUCGGGGUUCGAGCUCCAAGCCACACACCAUCUCUAACGGACCCAUGUCUGAUCAAGUUGCUGUUGGUUCAAGCUCAAUGAACACAUCAUGGUUGGCGAACCCAUUUAACAUGAUGCUGGUGGCAGCCGCUGGUUUCUUCAUCACCAUGGUUGCUAUGGUAACGGUGAAAAAGUUGAGAUCACAUACGAAAGCCUCCAAAGGAUACAGCCGUCUGCAGACUGAGGGUGAAAUCGAAGCUUAGAAAGAGGAGAAGAAAGAAGAACGUGGAGAAGGGGGAGGAGGAGAUGAAAGAAGAAGACGAAUGAGACAUAAAGUUUGUGACGACACAAGCUUUUCUGGUCAUUUAUUCAAUAUCUCACAAAUGGCAUAUAUCUCGAAUAUAUCAUGCAUAUCAUUAUAGAGUAAUAUGGAAUUUAUAAUUCGUUUGUUGAAACAAAUAUAUGAUCAUGAUUAUAUACAUAAUUAUUUCGAAAAUAAAAAAGAGACGUUCCUUUUCAGUUAACCUCUAGCUUUUUAUAAAGACAACUUUUAUGAGUACGUCGAUGAUAGUGACACUUCUGGCUAUGAAAUUAUUACAAACGAUUGUAAAUGCUCAAGUUGGUACACCUCCUGCAAGAAGGUGGAAACUUAUAACUGAAAAUUAAACUCGGUAAAAUGUGUUGAUGUUUAUACUGUUCUCUAAUGCGUUCCAGAUGAAGUUCAAGAAAAAGCCGAUUGAGCAAUGUAUUUUUGCAUUUAUUGUAGGCCUACUUCUCAUUUUUGAUUUAUUCUAAUUUUUGGUAUACUGUACAGUAAUGUAUUAAAAUGAUUUUGAAUCUCUUUAUCCUAUCCUACCACUAUGUAUCCCUUCUUCUUUCCCAUACUUUUCCCCAUAUUCUCUCUCUCUCUCUCUCUCUCUCUCUCUCUCUCGUUCUCUGUCUUUCUCUAGCUACUUCUUAUUCCCUCGCUCUCUAGUACCAUCUUUCUCACCACUUUUUGACACUGUUUUACUGCAUCUAUACGCUUUUUUUUCGACGCCGAUGAAAAAAAAGUUCUAUGCCAUGAUGUUUAUUUUCCUUUUCAUUGCUCCAUUUGGUAGGAUGCUGCCAUUGCAAUUAUCAGUCUGCUAUUGAAUUGUGCUAAGAGUGACUGCAAUAUCGACGUUGAAUAAAAAACAAUUGUUAUUAUCCAAAAAGGCCUACAUAUUAAAUAUGACAUUAAAUUUCUUUCAAAGAAAGCGAUGUAUGAAGAUAUUUUUUUUCUUCUAAAUUUGGUAAUCUGUUUUCGCCUUUUGUAAUCGUUUCAUCAUUAUGUGAAAAUAUCUCACUGGAAAAUAAAAUGUAUCCGAAUUGAUGAUUAAAGAGACGUCGUUCAAUGUGUGCAUGUGAGAAUGAUUGUUUAA